GCCGCCGAGGAACGUCGCCUCGAAGACGAACGGCGUCGGAAGGAGGAAGAGGAACGGCGCCUCGAAGACGAACGUCGCGCGCAAGAGGCCGCUGAUGAGGAGUUGGCGCGGAUCGCGGCCGCCGAAGGCCUUCUUUCUGACCCCGCGCCUGCCGGUGUCGACAAGGGGAAGGGGCGCGCGAGGGUCGACGAGGAAGUCGCCGAACUGUCGGACGACCCUUCGAUCAAGACUCCUCGGACGGUCGAACGUCCGCUCGCGAUGACCGAGGUCGACAUGGCCGCCGCGGCGAUUGAGAAGCGCCAGUCGGGACAGAAGUGCGACCGUUGCGCCGGCUACCGCUCGGCCCCGGUCGAUUGCGUGUGGUCCGAGAACGCUACGACCUGCGAUAGGUGCGCGCAGUUCCAACAGGGCUGCUACUUCGACAAAGUGUCUGUCCUGGGCAAAACAAAGAAGACGCGCGGCGGGGGAUCAACCACAAAGAAGCGCAUUCGGCCGGCCUCUCCUGGACCUUCGAUCGCGGACUCGGGUGGUUUGAAGAAGCGUCGCGUCGACGAGCCUCCGCGCCCCCUUCUACGACGGCCUCUCGAUGGGGCCAGCCGCCUUGGGCUCGAGCAGGACGACCUCGAUGCGCUCGACCUCGACGAUGAAUCUCGGGGGAUCAUCCGCGUCAUCCGCGAGGAGCGUGCCCACAUCGCGCGCCGUCGAGCGCUCCUCCACGACAUGGACCUUGACCUUCAAAAGAUGGAGAAGGACGCGCUCGCGAAAGGGGGAAUCGGGUUCGUGCGCGGGGUUGUUGACGAGGACUAG